AUGGACGCGCGAAGGCGGCCCGGCGGUCCAGGGGUCUCGCUUCCGAAGCUGGUUCUGCUCUUUGUGGUCGCAGACAAUUGUCUUGCUCAGUGUGGCAAAGACUGCAGAUCUUACUGCUGUGAUGGGACCACGCCCUAUUGUUGCUCCUACUACGCCUAUAUUGGGAAUAUCCUCUCGGGCACGGCGAUUGCCGGUAUUGUUUUUGGAAUCGUAUUUAUCAUGGGGGUCAUUGCUGGAAUCGCCAUAUGUAUCUGCAUGUGCAUGAAAAACAACCGCGGGACCCGGGUGGGUGUCCUCAGCACUGCCCGCAUCAAUGCCAUCGCCUCCUAUCCUGUGGCACCACCUCCCUAUAGUUACAACCAUGAGAUGGAAUACUGUGCAGAACUGCCUCCUCCCUACUCCCCAACCCCACAGUCUUCAGCACAGCGUUCUCCACCCCCUCCUUAUCCUGGACACCAAAGGAAAUAA